CUCACAAAAAAAACAAAACAACAAACCGGAUUAAAUUAUGCACUGCUCCUUUAAGAAGAUCCAACGGGAUUAGAGUUACGCGCAACGAGCCAAUUCGGCGUCCGGUGGCUUCUACGCACACUUCGUUUCCUCGGGAGACGCUUGUCACUCGGUACUGACUCGGUGCCGCCUCAGUCCAGAACGCAACGAGUCAUGGCCGAGACUGGGAACAGUGGAAAGGGGGUCACCGCCGGGAAACUGGCCAUCACGGUCCAGAAGAGGCUGAGCAGAGCGCAGGAGAAGGUUUUGCAGAAACUCGGCAAAGCGGAUGAGACCAGAGAUGUCGUCUUUGAGGAAAUGGUGUCCAACUUCAACAAGCAGAUGGGAGAAGGCACCAAGCUGCAGAAGGAUCUGAAAGCGUAUAUGACAGCAGUGAAGACUUUACACGAGGCAUCACGGAGGCUGCAGGACUGCCUGGCUGACAUGUACGAGCCCGAGUGGUUCGGCAAAGAGGAGAUGGAUGCCAUGGUGGAGGAGAUGAUAGAGAAGGAGAUGGACAAUAACUUGGAGGACACAGACACACUGUGGUUGGACUUCCAUCAGAACAUCACUGACAACUCAAUGCUGUCGAUUGAUUCGUACCUGGCUCAGUUCCCUGAAAUCAAGGCACGCAUUGCAAAGCGGGACCGUAAAAUGGUGGAUUUUGACAGCGCCAGGCACCACUUUGCCUCUUUACAGAAAGGCAAGAAAAAGGACGAAGCCAAGAUCGCUAAGCCUGCAGCCCUGUUGGAGAUGGCGGCACCAAGCUGGGCACAGGGUUUGCUCUCAGCCCACCAGGUGGCUCAGACUAACCUCUCCUACAACCAGGCCGAGGAGGAGCUGGGUCGCUCUCAGAAAAUUUUCGAAGAGCUGAACGUGGAAUUGCAAGACCAGCUUCCAGUGCUGUGGGACAGUCGUGUUGGCGUCUAUGUUAACACAUUCCAGAGUCUGGCGAGUCACCAAGAGAAGUUUCAUAAGGAGAUGAGCAAGCUGAGUCAAAACCUGAAUGACGUCAUGACCAAACUUGAAGAGCAGAGGCACCUCAAAAAGGAUGUUGCAGCAGCCAAGCCUGGGGACAACGCAAAGAGUGAAGAAGCCAACCACAGCCAGGCAGCCAGCUCGCCACCAACGAGGCCCAACCCGCUGCCCAGCCGGCCUCCGCAGCAUGAUGAGCCGCUCGAUGACGACACUUCUGACAUUAACACAGAGUCCAGAACACAGGCGCCAUCUUGGGACUCGUGGGGUUCUGAAUCCAACAGCUCAGAAUACAAGCUCCCUCCUGGAUUUGUCUACAAGGUCAAAGCCAUCCACGAAUAUGCUGCCACUGAUGGGGACGAGCUGGAGCUCAAUAUUGGGGACACUGUCCUCGUUUUGGCCUUUGACAACCCUGAUGAGCAAGACGACGGCUGGCUCAUGGGUGUGCAGGAAUCUCUCUGGAUACGUAACAAAGAUAUUUCAUCCAAAGGUGUCUUCCCCGAAAACUUCACGCAGAAGCUUUGAAGUUCACACCGCCUUCCUCAUGGUGCUCACUGAGUUAUUUGGAAUAAAACAUGAGAUAUCUAAUGAUAUAUUUGUGAGUCUAAAAAUUGUCAUUUAUAAAGUCGAGAACUAAUUUCAAAUCGAAGUCAACUAAAUGCAUCUUAUUUGUUACAUGGAAUCCUGAUUCACAGAAGGUAUCUUAUCUUUUUUGGAGUUCUCAUUCUUCACGUUUUAUUUUUGUGGAGAGUUCACCCACAACCAUUGAUAACAAGUGAACAAGACAGGAAGUAAUAGAUGGUGUGCGUCAGUGACAUAAAAAGUCAAGCUCACACUGAGGUGACACUGAAGUGACCUGACCAGAGUGCUAAUAACUGAGAUUGGUCAAAGAUGGAAAAAAGGAAAUCUCCCCUCAACUUUUGAUAUUUCGUGUUUAGUUUGAUUGUUUUUGUCACGUUGAUAUCCUUGCUUCCGUGCAUUGUCUUUCCUUUUUUAAAGGACAUAAAAUAUUUUGGGCGAUGUUCAAUCAGGUGGAGAACCUCCAUGAAGCAGUCACGUUAUAUUAUUAUCAUUAAAGAUUGAUGAAAACUGU